GAACGCAGUCGUCGGUGCGCACACAAUGCCGUCGCCUUCGUAUCUCGGGGACCACGCUGCGGACGACCACAUUGCGGUGCUCGAUACGCCGACGUCGCCGCAGCCGCAGCGGAAGCGGAAGUGGCUCGUCUUUAGUGUCCUCGGCCUCGUCGUAGUCGGUGGUGCGAUUGCGACGACCUUUGCCGUGCUCUACUCGAAAUCGCCGUCGUCGGCGCCACCGGCAACGGCCUCGGACGCUGCGAUUGGUGGAGGAGCGGCGAACGACACGACCUUGCCGAGCGUCAACGGCGAGGACUUGCGCAAGACGCCCAAACCGACCACCGUGGACGUCAAUCCCAAGAGCGACCCGGAGAAGGCAACGAUGGCCUUCUCGAUGCUUGCGAUUGGCGACUGGGGUAGCACGACGGGCAAGGUCACCGGCUCGAACGAGAACGCUGGUAGCUGCUGCAUCUUGUACAGCGACCGCGUCAACCCAAACGAAGACCGGUUCAAAGUCGACUUUUGGUCCCAGAAGCACGUGGCCAUGCUCCUCGGCAAGUCGGCGAGUGAGCUCAAGCCCGUUCGGAUCCUCGGGCAUGGGGACAACAUGUACUGGAACGGCGUCGGCUCGAAAGACGUGACGUACCGGUUCACCGAAACCUUUGAGAACGUCUACAACCAGCCGUCGCUCGCCGGUAUCAAGUGGCUCAACGUUGCCGGCAACCACGACAUUGGCGGCUCGAGCUUCGUGUGCGGCGACAAGGACAAUGAGUUUCGCGAGUGCACGAGCACGGCCGAGCUGCUCGCAGCGCUCGACGAACGCUUCUCGCUGCAGCAAAAAUAUGUGAGCCCCGACCAGCAGCGGUGGGUGCUCAAGGACCACUACUAUGUCGAGUCGUUUGAGAAGGAUGGUGUCUCAGUCGACAUCUUCAACAUCGACACCAACCACGCCGACAGCCACGGCGCCCGCCAAGUGUGCUGUCAGUGCUUUGGCUAUUCGGGCAAGCUCAAGCUGCCGAGCAAGACGUGCGACAGCGUGCUGCCGGGCGACGCGCGCUGCGCGGGCGGCAACGCCGACAUGUACAAGGCGUGUAUGGACAAGAUCGAGUCGUGGGCGCAGGACUCGUACACGCAGGCGGCGCGGGACCUCAAGGCGUCGACCGCUACCUUCAAGAUCAUCAACACGCAUUAUUCGCCGCACUACCACAUGGGCGAACCCAAGAUGAAGGCGUGGUACAAGCUCUGCAAGGACUACGGCGUCAAUGCAUGGUUCAACGGCCACACGCACGGCUUCAACCACGACAUUGCGAAUUGGGGCACCCACUUUUUCGAGAACGGCGGCGGCGGCGGCAUCUAUACCAAGUCGGCCAACGGCGCGACGACUGACUACGUCAAGAGUCAAUGGAUGGCCGGCGGGUUUCCGUACGGCUUUAUGGAGCUCAGUUUCUCGGCCGACUGGCUCAAAGUCCAGUUUGCCACUUUCGACCAAGCGUGGCAGUUUGGCGGCAACGCGCUCGAGAGCACGACCCAAGGCGGCGUCCGGCGCGGCCACUGCUGGUUCGUGCCCCACGCCAAGGCGGCAGCGCUCGGUGCAGUCGGCGUUGAAUGCAAGUCCUCGGUCAACGGCGCAAUUGGCGCCCCACUCACCUAAGCUUCAAGCUCUAAGCUUCUAAGAUCGAAGACGACGUUAUCGGCAGCGCACGCUUGGUCUUGCGACAGGCGCGUCCGAUCUUUUCAUCACCGGAGCGUCGCGGUCGACUGCGAUACUCACGCUGUUACACUCAGCGCACGUCGAAAGCCAGCGCCAGUGUAGUUCCCAGGACCUUCCCAGCGACGUUCUUGGUCGCCUUGGUGUGCGAGCUCCAGGGCGCGCAUCGAAGUGGAGACAUGGACCCAACCUCGAGAUGUCCCACUGUCGAUGGCGUCCGCGUCGCGGUGUGGCGACCGCGACACGGAAACGGCAAAGUGGAAGAUCGAGACAGACCUGAGACUUUGAAGCCAAAUGAGACAUACUUGGUAAUUUGCAGAAAGGCCAGACCGGCGCGUAUACAAACUUGAAGUCAUG